AUGCUACAAAACAUACCCCACCAAAUCGUCCAGUCCCCAGCCCGACUCGGCCUCCCCACCCCCAACUCUCCUUCCCUCCAAAACCCCAAACUCCCGACCCAAACUCCUCAACCAUCCUCUCUCCUCUCUCUUCUCCCUCCUCUCCCACGUGCCCAAUCUCUCCUCCUUCAAAUGGCUUCCCUUGCCUCUCGACUCUUCCAAGUCUCCCCCAACCGCUCUCAUUGGCUCUCCUCUUUCCGCGGCUCUCUCCCUUCUUUCCUCUCCUCCUCAUCCUCCUCAUCAUCUCUCUCCCAACCCGACUCGGCCAAAGAAAUUCUCUCCCAAUUCACCUCUCUCCAAACCCAACUCUUCGAAUCCGUAGCCGAACUCCAAGAGAUACUCGACCUCCAAGACGCUAAAAACAAACUCUCCCGGGAGAUCAACUCCCUCGACUCUUCCCUCCUCGAUUUCGCCACCAAGCUCAAAAACGCGGAGCACGCUCUCGACACGCUCGUCGACGACUACUCCUCCGAAUACCGGAAAUCGAGCUCGACCACGAUGGAAACAACGCUCAAGCUCUCAGAAAUACUUUCGUACGCGCACAAGAUAAGUUAUACCACUUUCGCCCCUCCCGAGUUUGGGUCGGGCCAGGGCCCGCUCCGCGGGGCGCUGCCUCCUGCUCCGCAGGAGGAGCAGAUGCGUGCGUCCCAACUGUACAGUUUCGCGGGCCUCGAUGUUGGGCUGCCGAAGGCAGACGAUGAGAGGAUGAUAAUCGAGCCGAUGGUCGAGGAGCAGGAGAGUGGCGCGAUCCCGAUACCCAAUAUCGUGAUACCAUCUGGGUGGAGGCCUGGGAUGCCGGUGGAGCUGCCAAGCGACCUGCCGAUGGUGCCGCCGCCGCCCGGGUGGAAACCGGGCGACCCGGUUCCGUUGCCUCCGCUGGAUUUGCUUCCUCCUGUGGGCCGAGGCCCGUUGGAGGAGGAGGCAGUGAGGCAGCCGAGGCCCGUUGUGCCACCAGUUGGGCCCAUUGGGAGGGGGCCCGAGCCCAUACAAGUGCGGCACGUGCAGCUUGAUAUCGAGGAUGAUAGUAGCGAUUACAGUAGCGACGAGGGGAGUUCGGACAGUGAGGAUUGA